CUGUAAAGGGAACAUUGAAUGUGCUCAAAGCAUCUGCUCAAGGGAAGGUUAAGCAAGUAGCCGGUGUGUCCUCUGUUGUUGCAUUGUACUGUGAUGCAGUAGCUCUAGUGCAGGACAAAACAGAUGCAGAAGCAGCCUCAAGAAAAUUAACACAAGAAGCUCAUGCACAAGGUCCAACUCAAAAAAUGGAAUGA